GAUACAAUGGAUUCUCGGUUUUAAACGUUUAAAAAUUAAAUCCGAGAGCGCUGGGAUUUAAAACGCCAAGAACUACAAAUCCCAGACCCUUGUCCGGAAAUGACGCGGGCUCCUGACGUCACUCGUGAACAGCGCGGGCAAACUAAGAGGAUGUCUGUGCGGCUGCAGUGUCCCGGUUACCCCGAGGACACACUGCGCUCUCUGGCUGACAGACUGCCGUGCAGAGACACACAGCUGGAGACACUGCUCCAACUCAUGGGACAGCCAGAUCAAUACAGUUAUCCUUCAAUCUUCAUCUAUGGCCACAGAGCAACAGGAAAGAGUCAUGUGGUGCUCUCCGUCAUGAAGGAUCUGGAGCUCCCCCAUGCGUCCGUGGACUGUGUUGAGUGUGUGUCCAGUGGGCUUCUCUUUCACCAGGUGUUGUCUGCCUUCUUUGGGCCCGAUGCUGCAGCAUUGCUUCCCCGUUGCCCGUCUUUGUCUGAUUUUGUGCGACUGUACAAACAGAUGAGCUCUAAUUCACCUGCCACUCAGACACGCUAUAUAAUUCUGGACCGAGCUGAACGCCUGAGAGAUAUGGAUUUCAGUCUGCUUCCUGCUCUUCUGCGCCUACAGGAAUUGGUCAGUGAUAACGUGACCGUCAUCUUGCUCAGUGAAAUCGUGUGGGAAAAGUUUCGACCCAACACUGGCUGCUUUGAACCUCUGCUAUUUCAUUUUCCAGACUACAGUAAAGCGGAGCUUGUGCAGAUUCUGUCUUGGGAUCAUCACCCAUCCUACACACCUGAGCUCUACGCGUCCUACAUAAACAUCCUGCUGGGGGUCUUCUUCUCCGUAUGCAGAGAUCUGAGAGAGCUCAGGCACCUGGCUGUCCUGAAUUUCUCCAAGUUUUGUGAACCCCUGGAGAAAGGAGAAGCCAAAGAGAGUGAUAUUCACAAGUUAUGGAAAAACAUCGAGCCUCAUCUGCAGAGAGCCAUGCAGACGGUUUACCUCCGAGAGGUGUCCAGCGUGCAAUGGGAGCAGCAGCAGAUGGAUGAGGAGGCGGCCACGACCCUCAGAGUUUUAUCAGCACACGCUCACAUAGAGCUGCCAUAUUACUCCAAGUUUCUGCUAAUUGCUGCAUACCUGGCGUCCUUUAACCCUGCCCGCACAGACCGCCGCUUCUUCCUCAAGAGUCACGGGAAAAUAAGAAAGACUAAUUUCUUGAAGAAACAUGAGAAGACUAGUAACCAUCUGUUGGGACCGAAGCCUUUUCCUCUUGACAGAAUGAUGGCAAUAUUCUACAGUGUGGUUGAUAGCAGAGUUGCACCCACAGCCAGUAUCUUCUCACAGAUUUCGUCACUAGUUACUCUGCAGCUUCUCUCUCAGGUGGGGCAUGAUGACCAGCUGGAUUCACCCAAAUACAAAUGUUCAGUUUCACUGGACUUCAUUCUUGCCAUCUCCAGAACUGUAGGCUUCGAUGUGGUGAAGUAUCUGUACGACUUCCUGUGAUCCUCUUGCAGUGGAUAUAAACCAGGCAUCCAAUCAGACAAAAUCACAUGGCUGUGAAUAGACUGCAGGAUAAAAGAUGUUACAGGAAUGUCCUGCAUUUAUUAGUCCAAUCAGAUUUGCCCAUAGGAAAAUACUCCCAGUUUAUACAAGAGACUAUUUCCUCAAAGGGAAAUUUGAUGUUUUUUUUUUGUUUUUUGUGGUAAUGUGUGACAACUUAAUAUUGGUCUAAUAAAUUACUGUAUAGUUUGAUACAAUAAUGGGUCCUCUUUACUUUUCAUGCUGUACUGUUUAAAGGUACGAG